AUGCCCAGUGAUACUAUAAAAGUAUUACAAAUAAACACCCAGAAGAGCCAAGCGGCUACAUCCUUAGUUGUUAAGUCAGCAAAUGAUUUAAAUGCUGACAUUAUUCUCAUACAGGAGCCUUACACAGUUAGCAAUCAAAUUGUCAGAUUUGGCAGCUGGCAGGUAUUAAACAAAGGGGCAGCCAACGAAAGAUCGAAAUGCGGCAUAAUUGUCUGCAACAAAAGUAUCAGUCUUGCAUUAAUCCCCGAGCUCAGUUUAAACCAAAUAACCACGGCUGCACUUCACGAAGGCCCAGUUGACAAUAUCAUCUGCAUUUACUUCUCACCCUUCGACAAGGACGAAGAGUGCAUAAAUGAAUUGACUUCAGUAGUGAGGAAAUUGGGGAACAACACCUUCAUUGUGGCCAGAGACAGAAAUGCAAAAUCCCAUUUGUGGUAUCAUGAAAGGGAAGACAACAGGGGUCGCUUACUUCAGGACCUACUAAAUGAAAUUGACAACAUCUCACUCAAUAUGUCUGACACCCCCACCUUCCAAACAGCAAGGGCCAAAGGUUGGACUGAUGUUUGCCUGGCACCUACGGAAGUGGGUAGAAAGGUUAUCAGCUGCCAAACCCUGCUUAAAGACUCGGCCAGCAACCACAGAUACAUCCUCACUAUCCUUGAGAAAGACCAAAGUACUACUGAAAGCCAUGAUAAUUACUACAGUAAAAGGACGAACUGGGAACUAUUUCAAGAAAUGUUUGCAAGGAAUUGGAGGAAUUAUCGAUUCACAGAGAUAAGUAGUAUAACAUAA